AUGGCACAAGAAAAUGGUACAGGUCUAGAAAUCAAUUCACUCUUUGAAAGUUCGGUAUUGGAGUCGGUUUGUCCUUUUUGUAAUGCCCCGGAUGAUGGCAAAAUGAUAAAUUGCGAUAAUUGCAAUCAGUGGUUUCACUUCAACUGUGUCGGUGUGAGUGAAAGUGAGUCGGAAAGAGACUGGAACUGCGCACAGUGCCAUGUUCAGGUCACAUCAGGCCAUUCAACACCAGCCGAAAGAACUAGGCAGGAAUCGGAAAGGAAUCAGCUAGCUUGCAUCCAGGAGUUACGUAAGCAAAUCGGAUUAUUGCAAAGAAGGCUGGCAUAUACUGAAGUGAGAGAAAAUCAGAGAGUGCAGUUCAAUACAGGAUCGAGGCCGAAUAGAAAUGAGCUCGAUGCAAAUUCAAUGGGCGUUUUUCCGAAAGCAAAUUCGACGACUAUAGAUGCUAAUAAGAGUGCUUACGAAAAUGACGAAGAACUGGAAGAUGGGCUUCUAUUGUUAGAAGAGAAGCACGCUUUAGAGAAAAGACAACUCCAAGAACGUUUCUCUUUACUCCAACGACGGCGAUCAUCUGUGGGAAUAAACCAGACAGGGCUGACGACCGCGAAUUCAGCUGCUUCCAGUUCGACACUUUACAACGAGCUCAGUCGAAGCCAACUGGCGGCUCGACAGGCGGUAGCUCGUGAUAUACCCGUAUUUUAUGGCCAUCCGGAAGAGUGGCCCCUUUUUCAUGCUAGUUUCGAAAGCUCAACGAGAAUGUGCGGGUAUAGUGAUGAGGAGAAUCUUCUUCGGCUCCAACGAUGCCUUAAAGGAAAGGCGCUAGAAGCUGUCCGCAGUCGCUUGUUGCAUCCGUCGAAUCUUUCAGGAAUUAUGAGUACUUUGAAAACGCAUUUUGGGCGUCCUGAAGUUAUAGUACAUUCGCUUGUUACACGCAUACGGGAAAUGCCGUCGCCAAAAGCAGAGAAGCUAAAUACUCUAAUCGAUUUCGGUGUGGCCGUUCAGAACGUUUGCGCUACAAUCAAGGCGUGUGGUUUGGACGAGUAUUUAUGUAAUGUUGCCUUAUUACAGGAGUUAGUUGAUCGUUUACCGCCCGCUAUUAAACUGAAUUGGGCAUUACACAGACAAUCUUUGCAACUGGUUACACUGUCGAGUUUCGGUGAUUGGCUAGAAAAACUGGUGGAAGCUGCUUGUGUUGUCACUAUAUCUCCGGUCGAACCGCCAAUCAAUAGAAAGAACCGUAAGCAAGAUGAUUACCUGAACGUUCACUCUGAAGAAACGAAACCAUUGAAACCUACCGGGAUACGAACAGCUAUACAACGGUGCGUAAUCUGCGAAGGAGCAUGCAGCUCUACAGAUGUCUGUAAAGCAUUCAUAAAUAUGAGGGGUAACGGGUGUACAUUCAUGCAUCAUCCAAUGCUUCACGACGACGCAAGAUAUAAAGCAGUACAGUCGUCGAAACAGCCAUCUUCUCAAAGCUGCAAUGCACAUUGUGGUUCAACUGGAAAAGUUUUGUUCAGGUACAUUCCUAUUAUUCUGCAUGGAAAGGAUGUUUCUGUCAGAACAUAUGCAUUUUUGGAUGAUGGGUCAUCGGCAACAUUCAUGGAUCAUAGCUUGGUAAAAGAGCUCAAUCUAGAAGGUAUGCCAAGCCCACUGUGUUUAAACUGGACAGGCGGCCAGCAGCGUGAGGAGAGAGAAUCCGUUCGACUAACGCUGAAAAUAUCUGGAUUAGAGAAUCAUUGUAAAAAGUUUGUGCUCCCUAAGGUGCACACAGUCAGAACGCUUAGCCUUCCGCUGCAAUCGAUUUCAGUUCAGGAUCUAUCACGACAAUACGCGUAUUUGAAAGGGCUGCCAGUCAACUCGUAUGAUUCUGUUUCCCCAAGGAUAUUAAUCGGAAUCGAUAACUGUUAUGUCGGCAAUGCCCUGAAGAGUGUAGAAGGAGCGGCAAACGAACCAGUUGCUACCAAAACGCGACUAGGCUGGUUGAUCUACGGUCCAUGCUCAGUUAGUACAAAUACACCAGGUAGUAGUUUCAACGCCUGCCACAGCUUUCACAUUUGUCCGUGUUUUGAGGAUGGAGACUCCUUUCUAAAUACUGAGCUGAAGAAAUAUUUCUCUAUGGAUUCUUUAGGCAUUGUACGCAAUACUGAACCAUUACUCUCAAAAGAAGAUGAGCGCGCUACACAGCUACUUCAGUCUCGAACACAUCGUAAAGGCAAUCGUUACGAAACUGGCCUUUCGUGGAGAAGGGAUGGAAUAGAACUGCCAGACAGUAAAUCCAUGGCCGAAAAGCGUUUAGUUUGUUUAGAGAGGUGA